UCCUGGUUACCGGGUUACCUCGUUUCCAUAGCAACCAUGGAACCUGUCAACAAACCCGAGAAGAGGAGACGUGAGAGGCGAAAAAAUUGCAGGAAAGCUCCGGACGGACACACGUUCCCAGCUGUCGGACACCCGGAGAAGAAACUAGAUGUCAGUGUGAACAGACAGGGUCUAUCAGCUCUCCACGUGGCCUGUCUUUACGGCCAGCUGGCUUCCAUUCAGAUCCUUGUGGGGUCCAGGGUUGGGUGGAUCAACAGCAGCGAUCACCAGGGUCGUCGGCCUGUUCACAUGGUCCUGUCCACCCGGAGCUUUCCCAACACCUCCUCGUGCCUCAGAUACCUGCUGGAGCAGGGGGCCGACGUCAAUGUUGCCACAAAGUCAGGGACGACCCCGCUGCACCUGGCCGCCUCCGAAGGCUUCCUGGAUUGCACGGAGAUCCUCCUGCAGGCCGGAGCAGAUGUGUCGGCCCGAGACAACGAAGGACACACUCCUCUGGAUUUGGCCCGCAUCUGGUGCCGCAGGAAGGUAGCAAGGUACCUGAAGAACUGCAUGUGGCAGAAAGAUAAGAAGAAAGAAAUGCAGGAGAGGAAGCUAGUUCAGGCUUUAUACGGUGAUCUUGUGGAUAUGGCGAAGAUGAAUAAACUCAAUAAAAAGACACUUAUUGAUGUGAAGGUGGCAGAGUGGGCGAACAAGAAAGGUCUCCCACUCCUAAAAGAUUUCUCCCCUAGAGUCUCGGUGAGCCGGUACCACACCCAGUGCCUCUCACCAGAUCAGAACAGUCCUAACCCAAAACAUGCCAAGCACCCAUUGAACUACCACCAACCGGUAGCCCCUCAAGAGAACAGGAGCACCUCCACCUAUCAACCUCCAGCCUCACCCUCCAGGCCGUGGACCAUCUUCAUGGGCAUCCAGCCAGAAAGGCCCCCUAGAGUGCCGGACCUCCGGGACAGCAUCACAGUGUGGAGGGACAGCAGCAGCAGGCAGCCUCAGUACACUUCAAAGUGGGACACUACGCCUCACCCCGCCCCUGACCUGCCUCUGGAUGUCAUCGAGAGGGCGUUGUUCCCCAGAGCCUUCCCUUCCAGGAUCGCCUCCCCUCGGUACUUUGAGCCACAGGACAUCAUAGAGGUCCAGCGCCUAGGAUACCCCCAGGGGCGGAGCACCUCCCCCUGGACAGAGGUGGCCAUGCACCUGGCUGAGGUGCUGGAGCCCGGACAUUACUGAUCCUCACGCUGGAAGAGCUUCAUCUGAACCUGAAACUAGUAGAUGUGUUUAAGAAUUUAUUAAAACUCAUCUGGUAAUCAAG